AAGAAGGGGGACGGGAGACGGAGAGAGGAAGGAGGAAAAGGCAGGAGGCCGAGGAAGGGAUGUUUAAAACCGUCUAAAUCCGCCUGACUGAGAGGACGACGAUACAGAAACGCUGCUAGAGAGACAGAAAAAAGGAACCAGAAAUAAUAACUUCAACCUUUUCUGGCAAAGACAACCGCUUUUCACGUCCUCUCGCGAGAAAACCCAUCGAUUUUCAGCAGGUGAUCAUCUCGGAUUAUUGCUUAUUUCUUUCUUGAAGUGGAUUGGCGUUAAAGGGAGAGCGUUUUAUAUUGAGCAAUGGCUCAAGAGACGAACCAGAGCCCGGUCCCCAUGCUUUGUGCCACAGGCUGUGGUUUCUAUGGCAACCCAAGAACAAAUGGCAUGUGCUCUGUUUGCUACAAGGAACACCUGACGCGACAGCAGAGCAGUGACCGCAUGAGCCCAAUGGGCUCCACCGCUAGUCCUACCUCAGAGGCCUCAGCCAUCCAGAGACUAGAAGCCAGUCUAGCAAAGGUUGACGCCUCCCCUGCCUCCUCACCAGACAUGUCUAGCAGGACUAUUCAAGGAUCUCUUCCUGUAACCCAACAGAUGACAGAAAUGAGCAUCUCCAGAGAGGAUAAGCCUGAACUCCUAGAACCUGUUGUAAGCCAGCCUGCUGCUUCUAGUCCUUCUCCUGUAGCUUCACCCAGCACUGAAGAAGAUAAUGGUGAUACCCCCAAAUCCAAGAAGAACCGGUGCUUCCUGUGCCGCAAGAGGGUAGGCCUUACAGGGUUUGACUGUCGCUGUGGUAACCUGUUCUGUGGCAUUCAUCGAUACUCCGACAAGCACAACUGUCCCUACGAUUACAAGGCCGAGGCUGCCGCCAAGAUCCGUAAAGAGAAUCCCGUGGUUGUGGCUGACAAGAUCCAGAGAAUAUAGAUUAAAAUAUAAAAAACAAGAAACAGUGUUGGAAAUAAGGAAACACCCUGAGAAAGACUGGAGUAUGAGUGAAAGCCUUUGACAUGAGCAUGAGUGGCUGAAUCGAAAGGACAUGAUUCGCAGAAUGAUGAAAAAAAAAAUGAAAGGCCCUGCCUGAGGGAGAUGCAUGAAUGAUCCCUUUUUUCAUUUUGAUUCUUUCAUUAGAUUAUUUUAAUCCUGUUUUCUGUGGUGUGAUUUUGCCGCUGAGUCUAUUUCUUUCCCCCUAUGUGUUUUGUUUUUUUUGUUUUUUUAAAGAGUAUGUGUUUUAUUAAGAGCAGACCAGGCAUGAUGUCCAGGAUAUGCUGUGCUCCUUUCACCAAUACCAGGUUGUCAUUUUGUGCCAAACAGCCAUUUUUACUAAACUGUCAAAGCAUUCAGAUUACACAGAAAAAAUCUGCACGCCUUGUCCUUUAAUCCUAAGAAAACUUCAGCGUCACUCUUCUUGAACAGGAGAUUUUUAUUUUACCUUGUAUCUCCUAGCUUUACCUACCUCAGAGCUGCUGUGUUGUCUUCCCUCCUAUCUUGUCAUCACCGUCGCCCUCAUGGACCCUACAAUCGGCUCGCCUGUGCAGACUUUCAUAGUUUCCAUUAUACCCAGACGGAUCUAUACAAGAAUUUCCUCGACUUUUCACCAAAUCCGAACAACGAACACGACAUUAAAGAUGGUCCCAGCUCUGAUUGUAAUCGAUUGUCUGGUGCAGGGCUGUGAGCGCUAAUGAGUGGCCUAAGAGGGUGAAUCCUGGCACCCGUUCCCCAUGAGCCUGGUGGGUGAAUUUAGGCUGCACAUGUUGUAAGGGGCAUAAAUGAAUGGAAUAAAUGUAUGAGUUGCUCUUUAUAUGCAUUAGUGUUUCAGAAAUAUCGCUCGCCUAAGGGUUUUUGGGUGUUUUAUUUCCAGAGAGGCAAUUAUCUGAUAUUAGUCCUUUUUUUUUUUUUUUCAUUGUACCUUCGUUGGCGCAUGGACUUGGUGCAUUUGUGGAUUUUAUCUUUCUUUUCUUUGAUUUGCUAACACAGCAGUCAUGUGGGCACAGUGUGUGUGUUAGCACAUGGCCGUGCCCCCUCUCCCCAUCCUUUUUAGCUGUGGAGCUACCCGGUUUAUCAGCACAUGUUUACAGAAGUACAGGAGCAUGCCAGAGCUAGAUUUAUAAAAAAUAAUAGAAACUGAGAUUAGAUAUAAUUUCUCACCUGUCAAGCGUUUAUCGAUCUAUAGAGAGUGUGUGCAUGUGCACAUUCCUGUGCAAAAAAAAGUGUGUUAUCAUGGCUGCCUGACACGUAUGUUUUUGUGACUUGUUCCCCCCCCCCCACUCCCGUGAGAAUGUUUUUCAUGGAAAUAACUGAGUUUUUUUUGUUUUCUUUUUCCGACUCUUAGUUAUAUGCAAAUUUGUACAAAAAAUGGAAAAAAACAAACUGUGUUGAUAUUUAUGUAUGGCAUAUAAUCUUGCUAUCCAGCAUUACAACAGAGUAGUAUCAUGUAAAUAAAACUGUACAGAGAGACAUAA